AUAGCUUUCCUUAUCCCUCCCCACUUGCCUGUCACCUAAUUUAACUUAUAUUGUAGAGCACCUAAACGAAUCCAUAUGUUAAUUGUUAAUGGGGAGCAAUCAAAAAGUUAAACAAUUGUGUCAUCUAGAUAAAAAAUAUAUAAUAUCGUUCAAUUUUGUAGAGCUUAACUAUUCGCUUGCAAUACGAUUAAUGUUGAUCUAAUUUUUAAAUGUGUUUUUUCAUCCCUUUCCAAAUUAUAUUCCCAUUAUACAGGGACGUCAAUAACUGGGACAAAAAGGGGGUUACGAACGUGCAAAUAUUUUGAUUUUUUGUUUAUUUCUAAUUUACUACAUUUUUAUUAUUUCCUUCCAUUGAGGCUAAUUAGAAUUGCAAUGCUUGCCAUGGCGAUUGGUAGCUACGCCCAUGGACAGACAGAGCGACAGGUAACCAAGCAUCACACGCGCGACACUCGAUUGCCAUUGAGCAGUCAUCGUCCAUACGACUGAUAUAGCGAACUGUACGCAGCAGAAGCAAUUAACGUGUUCAAUCAGCAUGAAAUCCAUGUCGAAGUCGUCUAAAUGGCAAGCGACACAGUGCAUUCGGUUCAGUUGGGUCAAAAGAUUCACAGACAACGGCAGCAUUUCCCAGUGGAUCCUCUAUAGGAACGCGAUUACACACAGUAAUUAACCGCGAUGUUCCGCUACAAGCCCAUAUUGGCAUUUAUGCUAUUAAAUAGCAUUUUUGUGCCUGGCAGCGCGCAAAAUUUGCUGGAUCGGUUGAGGCCCGGGCCAGCUAAUCUGACCCGCAUCGACGAUAUUAAAGUGGUGUCCGGCACAAAGGUGAAACGCUACGAGCGUAUGACGGUGCCACUGGCUGGCAUUGGUCCGGUCAUUGGUGGCAUCGGUGCCGCCGCACUGCUUAGUCCUCUGCUUCAGCCGCAGCCAGCAUACGUGGGCUACUCCUUUGUGCCACAGUGGCAGGCGGGCGCCAUACUGAUCGGUGAUGGCGAAGUGCCGGGUGCAUCCGGCAUGAUUACUUUCCAGCAGCUGCCCUACAACAGUGACAUCAAAGUGACCAUCAAUAUGACUGGGCUGCCACCCGGAAAGCACGCACUGCACAUACACACAUAUGGAGAUGUCAGCGAGGGCUGCAAGUCAACUGGCGGACAGUUUCCCAAUAACUUCCUGGGUAACUUGGAGGUCAAGCCAGACGGCACAAUCUCGGCCGUGUUCAUGAGCAUCUAUCUACAGCUCUUUGGCUUCAAUGGGAUCGUUGGCCGUGCCGUCGUGAUACACAGCAAGCCCAUCGAUCUGAACACAGCGCUCAAUGCAGAGGUCUUCUCCUCUUCGCUGUCCGUGCCCAAUGCCUUAGCCUACCAGAACGAGGAGAUGUCCGUUGGUGCACCCAUAGCCUGUGGUGUUAUAAGUCUAAUGAGUACAUCCAUCGUCGCACCGACCGUGUCGACUUCACCCGCUGUUCCAGUAAUGCCGGAAGCUUAG